UUCUCCUUAGCAAGUGGCUUUCUAAAUCCUUCCAUUAAUACAAACAGGGGGAGCCUGGGCAUCCCGGGUCUUAACAGGAUCUGAAAUAAAUAAAAUGCAUGCAGAUAGACUUUGAGAAGGAUGACUGAGGACAGCCAACAGGAUUACCAAUAACAAGAAGGAAAUCACUGCACACAACAGAAUGAUCAGUAUGCUUUCAUUUGGGAUUGUUUCUCCUGCAAGUUGGACGGGGUAUUGGGAUUCCUAGCUGGACAGAGAAGCUGAGAAGAUAUUUGUGGUAUAGCUGAUCAAUCUGUUGAAAGGAAAUGGCUUUGGAGAAUAACACCCAUCGCAGCUAUUCAAUUAUACCAUGUUUCAUUUUUGUCGAGCUUGUCAUCAUGGCCGGGACUGUUCUGCUCGCAUACUACUUUGAGUGCACGGAUACCUUCCAAGUCCACGUCCAAGGUUUUUUCUGUCAAGAUGGAAAUCUUAUGAAACCUUACCCAGGGACGGAAGAUGAAAGCUUCAUUUCACCGCUGGUGCUGUACUGUGUACUGGCAGUGACGCCAACAGCUAUCAUAUUUAUUGGUGAGGUAACUACAUAUUUUAUAAAGUCUACAAGAGAGAACCUGAUUGUUCAAGAAAAAAUGAUUUUGACCGGAGAGUGCUGUUACCUGAAUCCAUUAAUCAGGAGAAUUAUUCGGUUUAUAGGAGUCUUUGCCUUUGGACUGUUUGCUACAGAUAUUUUUGUUAAUGCUGGCCAGGUAGUCACAGGUAACUUGACUCCUUACUUCUUGACAGUGUGUAAGCCAAACUACACUGGAGCAGACUGUCUUGUUCAUCAUCAGUUUAUCAACCAUGGAAACAUCUGCACUGGUGAACCUGAUGUCAUUGAAAAGGCAAGAAGGUCUUUUCCAUCCAAACAUGCUGCUCUGAGUAUAUAUUCUGCAUUAUACACAACGAUGUACAUCACAAGUACAAUUAAAACGAAGAGCAGCAGGUUAGCAAAGCCUGUUCUCUGUCUUGGGACUCUUUGCUCUGCUUUCCUAACAGGACUGAACCGUGUUUCAGAAUACAGGAACCACUGUGUAGAUGUCAUUGGAGGUUUCAUUUUAGGAACAGCAGUGGCUUUGUUUCUGGGCCUGUGUGUUGUACACAAUUUUAAAGGAACAUAUGGGUCACCAUCCAAGCCAAAGCCAGAAGAUCCAAGAGGAAUGCCUCUAAUGGCUUUUCCAAGAGUUGAAAGUCCACUUGAGACUUUAAGUGCACAGAAUCACUCUUCCUCGAUGACUGAAGUCACCUGAAACAACAUGUAUACAAAAGGGAACUGUUUUUAUAUUACCAUAAAGUGAGAACUUCAACAAACACAGUUACUCAGUCUUAAACUGUGAUUACCAGUAUUAUGUUAUAUCUAGUUAGAAGCUAAUGUUUUGUAUUUUUCUUUUCUUUAAGGAAGUGAUGUAGCUUGCCUUUUUUAAUGUUUUCAUCUCUAACAUCCUUUGUUUAUACCAUAAUCUGAUAAAUUCAUGUUAUGGUAUACAAUGCACUAAAAUUUAAAAAAAAGAAAGCAUCUUUUGAAAAUGUCAAUGUUUUGUGAUUAUGUUUGUAUACAAAUUUUGUAUUAUUUUAUAUGCAUUGAACUGCAUUGUAAAUUACAUGUAAACAUAGUUUCAUUUUUUUCCAUUAAUGAACAGAAUUUUAUACUUGAAAUGUGUAUAUGAGCAAACAGUUUGUUUUUCAUUGACAUACAUUUUAUUUAACACAUAGUGAGCAAGCUGAAACCAAUAAAUUAUUUAGUGUUGAUUUUGCUUGAUGACAUAUGCUUAUAUAAAUCAAUUUGUUUAGCUGGAUUCUUCUAUAUCCACUAUAUCUGGGCACGUUUACGUUAUGCAUUCACUUCAAGGAUUUAGCUUACCGUAGUGUUUAACUUCCCAGUUACCAUAUUAUCAAAUAAGAUAUGUUAUUUGUAAAUGUAUCUAAUUCAAUUUCUAUAUGGAAAAAUUCAAUACUCACUGACUGUUUUCACAAACUUUAAAAUAAGAUUUUAUAGUGAAAACUCCGCUUAACUUCUUUUUUUUGAAGCAUGAAAUACACUGGAUUGUGAUUAUAUACAAAAUAAGCUAAAUAAAAGAAACAGAUGUAUGAUAGACAAAUGGUGGCUUUUUUCUCUUAGUUCAGCUAUAUUUUUUUUCUUAUAAAAUAACUAGAAAAUAUAAAAAAAAUAAAUAUUACUUUGGAAACUUUUAACAUCCGCUCAAUUUCCUCUGUAGCUUGGUUUUCAGUAAUGUAUAUACUAAAGUAUCACUUUCGUGUUUUGAAAUGUCUGUAUUUAAUUCUGGUUAAAACCGGUUGUACUUGGUGAUGUUUCAAUUUUAAACGUUUUUUGAGCAAUAAACUGUUCAAUUUUACUAAA